CUUUUAUUAGGCAAAAGCAGAAUUAUCAAGUUGCUGACCUUUUAGGCCAACGACUUGACAACCUCCACAGGGGUAUUAAUAAUGGAUCAGCCUGUUUCCUUGAAAAGGAGGGAUCCUACUAAAAGGGGAGAUUGCUUUUAGUGAAAUUACUUUUGCAGGUUUCAUGAAUGAAGUGAUCAUUUUCACCCUUCGGAGAGAAAAUCCCUACCACCUAAGCAUUAUCUCCAUCAACACCCCGCAUUGGAAUUGUUGAAGAAAACUACAUCCAUAUGCCCAAAUCUCUCUCUCUCUCAUUAACAAACAAAUGUGCCCACCAGAAUCUCUCUUUAUCGAAGAUAUAGGGGCCACCUCACUUACCACUCUCUCUCUCCCUCCCUCCCUCCCUUAAACAUAUGUUUCUGUCUUCAUACUCCAAAAUGAACAUCUCAUCUCCACCUUCUAGUCCGCUCUUCCCCACGUCUGUUUCUCUCCCUCUCCUACCACCGUUUCUACCUUCUUCUUUACUUCUACUCUUUCUCUUCCCUUGUUCACUUUAGAUCAAAAUUAACCCAAAAAAGAAAAACAGAAAAAAACCUCUUCCAACACUUCCUAUAUUCUUGCAAGGUCAUUGAGCCCUCGAAACUACCACCCAUCUUACCAUGAGUAAGCUUGUAGUGGAAGUACAUGAUGCCUAUGAUCUCAUACCCAAAGAUGGUCAGGGUUCUGCAAGUCCAUUUGUAGAAGUAGAAUUUGAUGAGCAACGUCAAAGGACUCAAACCAAGCACAAGGAUCUUAAUCCUUCUUGGAAUCAAAAGCUUGUUUUCAAUGUAGACAACCCCAGGGAUCUUCCAAACAAGAUCAUUGAUGUGACUGUGUACAAUGAUAGAAAAGGCAGUCAUGGUCACCGUAAGAAUUUUCUUGGUCGGGUCAGGAUUUCAGGCGUUUCUGUCCCGUCGUCUGAAACUGAGACCAGUAUCCAACGCUAUCCGCUUGAUAAACUUGGCCUUUUUUCUCAUGUCAAAGGUGAUAUUGCAUUGAAACUUUAUGCAGUGCAUGAUGGUGCUUCACAUCACGCAGAGCCAGUACGUCCUACUCCUACAAGCAUUCCUGAAAAUGAAGAGAAAUCCCCGUUUCAAGAAACCCAAUUCCAGGAAACUCCAUUUCAGGAAAUCAACACCAAUAAUUUUGAUGAAGAGAUCAAGGCAGAAGAGAAGAAGAAGAAAAAGAAAAAGAAAGAGCAAGAAGUGAGGACCUUUCACUCUAUAGGGACUGGAACUGGGGGUCCUCCUCCGGCUGCUCCGACUCCAAUGUCUGCUGGGAUAGGAUUCGCAGCAAUGAAGGAAAAGACACCGAUGGUGGAGACUAGAGCAGAUUUUGCCAAAGCAGCACCGCCGAGCGUAAUGCAUAUGCAGUUGCCAAGGCAGAAUCCUGAGUUCCUGUUGGUGGAAACCAGUCCGCCUUUGGCAGCGCGUUUGCGAUACAGAGGAGGUGACAAGACUUCAAGCACUUAUGAUUUGGUGGAGCAGAUGCGUUACUUGUAUGUAAAUGUGGUUAAGGCAAAGGAUCUCCCUGUUAUGGAUAUUUCAGGAAGCCUCGACCCUUAUGUGGAAGUGAAGCUUGGGAACUACAAAGGCCAGACCAAACACUUGGAGAAGAAUCAAAACCCGGUAUGGAACCAAAUCUUUGCUUUCUCAAAGGAAAGGCUGCAAUCAAAUCUGCUUGAAGUAAUCGUGAAAGAUAAGGAUUUUGGCAAGGAUGAUUUUGUUGGGAAAGUUGUUUUUGAUGUAUCAGAAAUACCUCUUCGAGUUCCACCAGAUAGUCCAUUGGCUCCUCAAUGGUACAAAUUGGCGGACAAAAAAGGGGACAAGGUUAAAGGGGAAAUCAUGCUGGCCGUGUGGAUGGGAACACAAGCUGAUGAGUCAUUUCCUGAGGCAUGGCACUCUGAUGCACACAGCGUUAGCCACUCUAACCUGGCUAAUACGCGAUCAAAGGUUUAUUUCUCCCCCAAGCUGUACUACCUUAGAAUUCAUGUCAUGGAAGCUCAAGACCUCGUCCCACAUGACAAAGGCCGACUCCCUGAUCCAUUUGUAAAGGUAGUGGUUGGUAAGCAGGUUAGACUUACAAAGCCAGUACAGCGAACUGUAAAUCCAGUUUGGGAUGACCAGCUUAUGUUUGUUGUCUCUGAGCCUUUUGAGGAUUACAUAGAUAUACUUGUUGUCUCUGGCAAGGAUGAGAUUCUGGGGAGGGCGGUGAUUCCACUUAGAGAUGUGCCUCAAAGAUUUGAAACUAGUAAGCCUCCUGAUCCCCGCUGGCUUAGUCUGCACAAGCCUUCAUUGGCAGAAGCGGAGGGUGAAAAAAGGAAAGAAAAAUUCUCAAGCAGGAUCCUCUUACGAUUUUUUCUGGAGUCAGGGUACCAUGUUCUUGAUGAGUCCACACAUUUCAGCAGUGAUCUCCAGCCAUCAUCGAAGCACCUUAGGAAGCAAAACAUUGGAAUUCUGGAACUUGGGAUUUUGAGUGCAAAGAAUUUACUGCCUAUGAAGAUUAAGGAAGGUAAGAUGACAGACGCAUAUUGUGUGGCUAAGUAUGGGAACAAAUGGGUUAGAACUAGAACUCUUCUUGAUAAUCUGUCUCCUAGAUGGAACGAGCAGUAUACUUGGGACGUUUAUGACCCGUGUACUGUAAUCACCAUUGGAGUGUUUGACAAUUCCCACGCCAAUGGAAGCAAAGAUGAUGCAAGGGAUGAGAGGAUUGGGAAGGUGAGAAUCCGGCUGUCAACACUUGAAACUGAUCGCGUAUAUACUCAUUACUACCCUUUGUUGGUUCUCACACCUUCUGGUUUGAAGAAACAUGGGGAACUUCAACUGGCAUUGAGGUUCACUUGCACAGCGUGGGUUAACAUGGUGGCUCAAUAUGGGAGGCCAUUGCUUCCCAAGAUGCACUACGUGCAUCCUAUACCAGUCAGGCACAUUGACUGGCUACGCUACCAAGCAAUGCACAUUGUGGCAGCAAGACUGCAAAGAGCAGAGCCUCCACUGAGGAAGGAGGUGGUUGAGUACAUGUUGGAUGUGGAUUACCAUAUGUGGAGUCUCAGAAGAAGCAAAGCAAAUUUCUACCGCAUAAUGUCAGUUCUUUCUGGGGUUACUGCUGUUUGCAAGUGGUUUAAUGAUAUCUGCUACUGGAGAAACCCAAUCACAACCUGUCUUGUGCAUGUUUUGUUCUUGAUACUUGUUUGUUACCCUGAACUGAUAUUGCCCACAAUUUUCCUCUACCUAUUUGUGAUUGGGAUAUGGAACUACCGGUUCAGAUCAAGACAUCCACCUCAUAUGGAUGCUCGGCUUUCACAAGCAGACAAUGCACAUCCAGAUGAACUGGAUGAGGAAUUUGACUCAUUUCCAACAUCCAGACCGUCAGAUAUUGUAAGAAUGAGGUAUGAUAGGCUCCGAAGUGUUGCAGGUAGGGUACAGACAGUGGUUGGAGACUUGGCAAGCCAAGGGGAAAGGGCUCAGGCAAUUCUAAGCUGGCGUGAUCCAAGAGCAACAGCAAUCUUCAUUAUCUUUUCCUUGAUCUGGGCUGUGUUCAUUUAUGUUACUCCAUUCCAAGUGGUGGCCGUUCUAUUUGGGCUCUAUUGGCUGCGCCAUCCUCGCUUCAGAAGCAAGAUGCCCUCCGUGCCUGUCAACUUCUUCAAAAGAUUACCAUCCAAGUCAGACAUGCUACUAUGAGAAGAAAACUUCUCUCAUCAGUUUUAUCAUUCGUUUAAUCAGUUUGUGAAUAAAGAUGAUUCAGUAAAUAACUCAACAGAUAUUAUAGCAGAAGAUGAGGGGAGGGAAAAGCAACUAUGCACUUUCUCCCUUGCUCCACUACCCCAUAAUAGAAUCUCACUUUUCCUGCUUUAA